UGCAGAGUCACAUGACACGCUGCAGCUCAGGAGCUCUGAGACCGGUUGUGUACAGUCAGGUGACAGCAGCUGAGUGAACAUGGCGGGCGGUCUUGUACGGGGAAAGCUGAUCGCUGUGAUCGGGGAUGAGGACACCUGUACCGGCUUCUUACUCGGGGGGAUCGGUGAGCUGAACAAGAACAGGAAGCCAAAUUUCCUGGUGGUGGAGAAGGAGACGAGUAUAACAGAGAUUGAGGAGACCUUCCGGGGUUUUCUUCAGCGUGAUGAUAUUGGAAUUAUACUGAUCAAUCAAUUCAUUGCUGAGAUGAUUCGUCAUGCCAUCGAUGCCCACAAUGUCUCCAUUCCAGCCGUGCUUGAAAUUCCGUCCAAGGAGCACCCGUAUGAUGCCAACAAGGACUCCAUACUGCGGAGAGCUAAGGGCAUGUUCACUGCGGAGGACUUGCGAUAACUGUCAUAUGCUCAGCGUCUGGGAGCUUCCUGUUAUGGGUGUUGUGUAACUAUUUCACUUCCAGAACUGCGCUGUACGUCGGUGACAUGUUAAUAGUGGAAGCUGUCUGUGCUUGUUGUACACUUUUGUUGCCCAUGUAAUUUUUUUUUGUCCAU